UAUAAAUCUGAUUUCAUUUGUUGGAUAAUCAAAUCAAAUGAAGUCAAGAUUUCUUUAAUCAUUUCAAUCAGCACAAGUGUUUGAAUGUUAGUACGUUUUAUAUAGACUUCAGCUGUAUUGUUUUAACAAUCGCUGAAUUCUACCAUAUAACUCUUACAUAUAAAUGCAGACAGGCAGAGAUGAGAUCUGUAUUGGUAUUUUAUAGUCCUUUCACUAUCGAAAUAAUAGAUCAAUAAGAGUCUUAACAAGAGGAAAUAGUUCUUUCUUUUUUUUAUUCUUUGUUGUGGAAAUUCAAUAGACCUGAUGUUCCUGGCAUUCACACUCCAAGACACAUAAUCUUUUAACAAUGUAGGUUAAAGGCUUCACAGUUCUCGUCAAGCCAGUUUAGCAUUGUUUUUGUACACCAGUUAACUUUCACAUUGCUGCGAGGAAACAAAUGAGGGCUGGAUUUUGUUAAAUGUAUCCAAAAAUAAAGUUAGCACAAUCAGUAUAAAACCAGCAAAGGACUAUAAUAACCACAAAGAGAUCUCUUUCUGAAGACAGGAGACCAUUUUCAAGUUGGGUAUGUUUUUUUUUUAAUUUUUUUUUUAUUAUUAUUAAUUGACAAUCACGGUCAAAGAUUUGAAGUGGUAAAUGAGUCUGUGGUACAACCUCUGAAGCAAUCGAUGCUAAACCAAGCUUUAAAAUAAAUGACAUUAUGGAAGAAGAUAAUGUCAAUUUCUCAAUGUAUUAUGGGUUUAACUUAUAUUUUCCCAUGAUAAUGAAACGAUUGAAGUUUAUUAUACCCAGAGCACUUAAUAAGGAAUCACAAUGGACUAACAUACUGUAGUUUUAAUUUACUCGUUCCAUCUACUGUAGAUUUUUUUUAUUAAGUCUUAAUGUGAGAUCUAUUAUCAAUGUAUUGAUGUGUGUUCUCUUGUGGAUCAGCACUUGUCUUGACUCCACAGUGAUGUGGGUGAAUCUGAGAUCGGCUCUCAGGUCUCUGGUUCUCAGUCUGGGUCUGCUGAGCCGGAACAGUGAGGGAUUCAGUUUAGGAGCAGCAGUGAAUAUUGAGCCGCUUGAUCAAGCUGGUUCAGAGCAGGUCAGAGCUGAUUAUAGUGUGCUUUCCAGCUUGCCCUGUCCCACUCUGGAUAAGGUGUGUAAUGAAGGGACCUGCACAGCUCAACUCUCCUCUGCUCCUCUUAAAGGGCUGUUCCCUUCACCAGGUUGGUGCCUCCAUCAGUGGCAGACAAGCAUCUCCAGCAACUACACCACCACACUUCAACUCGGAGUGUCACUGUACACACGAGCCGAUCCCUCCAUCAGAGCGGACACAGAGCACAUGAACCAGCCUCCACACGUCGCUCUGCCUCCACCAAUCAGGGUGCGUGCCGGUUGUCGUCAGGAAAUCCCUGUGUAUGUGAUGGAUUUAGAUGGAGAUGUUGUUCGCUGUCAUUAUGGAAGGACUGAACUCAGUCAAUUUCUACAGCUUAAUGAAGAGACCUGUACACUGCUGUAUGAAGGUGGAGCAGCUGUGGGCCAGUAUACAGUGGAGAUCAUGGUGGAGGAUUUUCCUCAGAUGGAGCUGAAGCCGUUCUCCACUGUUCCUCUGCAGCUCUUAAUAACCAUUGAAAGUGAGUCCGGCUGCCCUGCAGUGCCAGAGUUCGCAGGUGUGAGUCCAGUAGGUGGCGCUGUAUUCCAUGUGCUGCCCUUUGAGGAACUCCAAGUCAAUAUUACUGUUCACUCAACAGAACAGACAGUGUCUGAAAUUGCUGUGAUUGGUCCAGAAGGUCUCUUCAUAUCACCCAUGGAAACAGUUGGGAACUUUCAGAGGUCCAUCAGUCUGUCGUGGGUCAGAGGUCCCAAUCAGUCAUCUCGUCUCAUCUCCGUUUGUUUUGCUGCAAACACUCAGAGUCUGCAGUCUGAGGUCCGGUGUAUGUGGCUGCAACUCACACAAAUGGACCCUUUACCCUCAGGAACAGAGUUGAGAUGUUUGGAGCGUGAGCUGCAGAUGUCUGUAGUUCUGCCUGUGUCUUUCCUGGAGUAUGUGCCUCUGUCUGACUUGCAGCUGAAUGACCCCUCGUGCCCAGUGUUUCACAACACAACACACAUCACCAGCACAUUCUCACUGACCGCAUGCGGCACCAAGAGACUCCAUUUAGGAUCAGAAUUGCUGUACACGAACACUUUACGCAGCGUCAAUCCAAAUUCCACCAUCAGCCGCUUGGCAUCUCUCGUCCUUCCGCUCGCUUGCAGGAUUCCCGGUCAACAGGCCAGAGGUCCGAGCUUUAGGAUCUCUGUACCCUCAGAAGUGGAGAUUUUUGGUGCUGUGAGCUUCUGGCUUGAGUUUCAUCCACCUGGAGAAGGCCCGUUGGCCACAGAGACACGCCAGCCGCGAUUACGCACGUCUCAACUGGUGCGUGCGGCACGAGCACUCACUCGCGCUAACAGGAUGGACACGCUGGACCUGCAUGUGUUUUCUAACUGCUCAUUGGCUCGUGCAGAGCUCAUGGUCGGCCGCUGCGUUGAGUCAGAAACACAAGACUUCCUGAACACACAACCGCUGCUGAACCAGGGGUGUUUAUCUGGCAAUAGCACUGUGGAGAUCCUGACGUCAACACCAACUGUUCGGGUUUACCGCUUAUAUCUGGGCUCUCUGAAUAUAAAGGGAGACACAAUGUUUGUUGAGUGUCAGGUGCAUCUGUGUGUGACCACCAAACAAAGCCAGCGAUGUUCAGACCCGUGUUCAGGACCAGCAGACCCAGCGAUAAUUGACAACAUCCAAACACAAACUUAUAGUGUGCGCUCUGGGCCGGUGCUACUCGUUAACAAAGUCACACAAACCAGCACUACCACUGUUAAACCAUCACAAACAGCCAAACCUGUCGCCCAACCCGCCACCAGCCAGAUGACUGGCAUCACUGCCUCUCGGGCUCCGGACAGAACUGCAUUGUGGGUUAAUUCUGUGAAAUUGGCUGUGUUCAUACUUGCAUCAUAUGCUCUUCUGCCAUGAACAAGACCAAACACAGCUGGAGAACACUGCAGCGCUGACAGAUCACAAUCAUAUUAUCUUAUUUUUUCCUUCUUUACCCUUGUACUUUGGAGAAAAUGUAUAGAGUCCAGUCAAUAUACAGUACACAUCCCUUCUGAUCAUAAAUAGGCUUGUUCUUCAAACUAAACACAAGCUCUAAUGGGAACAUUUAAUCUGGAAAGAGCGCCACCUGUAUGUCAGUGGUGGUGCUAUAACCCUUCAUUUGAGGAAAAACAAGAUGACAAAAAUCUGUCCCAUAUACUUCCGAUGACAAAUGUCCCGACACAUACCUACAUAUCUUGGGUAUGGUCUCUUUGGACUUGGGCCAUUAAGCAACAAUAUAAUAAUUCCCUAGCAACCACCCAAGACACCCUGACAUUGAUUAAAUAUUAAAAAAAUUAUCAUAGAAAUGAAAAAACAUUUUUUUUAAUGUAUUAAUUUAUUCAUUGUUGUAGAGAAUGCAAAGGCAUUCUGACCCAGAACAAGAUUAAGAUAUAUUUUUCACUGUUUUUAAACUCUUAAACGGGUCAGUAAUGAACCAAAUAUAACAUUAGGGUUAAGAUUUCACUGUAAAUCCAAUAAACAAAAGCACAGUCUUCUGUAAAUCAAGCUGUUACUCAUGUAUUUUAUUACUGGAUACAAUUAAGAAAAACAUCGCCUCUUCCAAUGUUUUCAUUUUAACAAGCUAAACUGUAACAGUAACGAAAGUUUGUUAUUUUUCUAAAUCUCCAUUUAUGAAUAAGCAGAAAUAAAUCACCUAGAAUGUGAACAUGACGUUC